UAGAUACUAAUUGAUUGUUGCACUAUGCUCUUGUGGCUAAAAAUUAAAGUUCUUGAGAAUUCUAAUGUUUUAGUGCUCAAUAUUGAUAUGGGCAACGUUUUGUACCAAAAUUGAAUGAGUCAGAGUAAACGCUGUGAGCACAGAAAAACCUACUGAGUACGAAGCAAGCCCCAGAAAACAGUGAAAAUGAAAUGUGAGAGCACGAAAUGUUAUUGACCGGAGGAAGUGUUGGUAGUGCUUCACGAGCAAACGAACGUUGGAAAAACAAGCUACGAUUACUUCGAAUGUCUAUAAGAGAGCUGGUUGGGCUGUUCUGCAGUCUAGUAAAAGCAAACGGAGUGUUAACAUAUUUAAUACGGUGGUUGUGUCAAGCAACUGUUGAAUUGUAUUUAAAUAAUAUAUAUUGAAGUGUACAGAAUUGAACGGAAGAAAUGAAAUAAAGUCACAAUCAUUUACGAAUGUAUAACCAAAUAAAUGAGUUCAAGGGAAUUAAUGUGAAUCAAUAAUUGUGGGAAUCAUUGUCAUGUUGGUGAAAUUCGAAUUAAGUAAAAAUCAAAAUGGAUAAGCAAUGAGUAUACAAGUGAAUACAAUAAAGAAAGUGAAUGUAAAAGUAUCCAAACUGUAUUCCAAGUCAAAUCAAUUACAAUUAUAAUAUACCAAUCAAGAAAUAUCCCAAUAAAAUUUAUACAUCCAUACAUAGUUUGAACAAAUGAACAAAUUGCAUCAACUACGAAUGCAAUAUCUAUAAAUAAGCCAGUGAAAGAGACCUAAUAACCUUAACUCAAGAGAAAACAAAACAGGAGCAAAGCAGAACAUAAUAAAAGCUAUACCUUCCGCGAAUGUUAAUGAUAACGAACCGAAAAUGACUGUGAUACAGGAUGUGAAGCCUACAGAUACAUGUGUUGCGGGCAUUAAUUGCUGUUCCAACACUGCUAACUCGGAAACGUCAAUUGACAAAUCAUCUGUUUGUAUGAGUCCCAGUUCCACGAGUAAUGUUUUGUAUAAACCGAGUAAUUAUGACAACUGGGAAUCAAAUUUUAACCUUUGCAAACAGAUUGAUAUCGAAUUCGAAAAUGUCAAAUACACAGUGCGGAAGUUUAAUUUUCAUGAACGAAAAUUCGUAACAAAGGAGAUUUUACAUGGCAUUAACGGCGCAUUCCGAGCUGGGGAACUUACCGCCAUAAUGGGCCCGUCAGGCUCUGGAAAGAGUACAUUACUCAAUGUAAUGACAGGCUUUAGAGCCACUGGUGUAACGGGCACAAUAUGUGUCAACGGGGACCCCAUUUCAACAAACUCAUCCAGUUUUCGAGAACUUUCUUGUUAUAUACAUCAAGAUGACUUGUUAAGGCCACUGAUGACUAUUGGUGAAACUAUGAUGUUAGCCGCACAUCUCAAGCUGGGGUUUAGUACGUCUAAGGAAUACAAACAGAACUUGAUCAAACAUAUAUUGGCUCUGCUGGGCCUGGAGCAUCGGUACAAUGUGUUUGCAGGGAAGUUGUCUGGCGGCCAGAAAAAACGCUUGGCCAUAGCACUUGAAUUGAUAAGCAAUCCCCCCGUUUUGUUUUUGGACGAGCCAACAACCGGUCUGGAUAGUUCGUCGUGCAGUCAAUGUGUAACACUAUUAAAAAAGUUGGCUUCACUGGGUCAUACCAUAGUGUGUACCAUUCAUCAGCCCAGCGCAUUAAUAUUCGAGAUGUUCGACAAACUAUACACUGUUGUUGAUGGAAAUUGUAUCUACCAAGGGCCAGUAAGGGAGCUUAUACCAUUCCUAGAAGGACAGGAUCUGGUGUGUCCGAGUUAUCACAAUCCAGCAGAUUUUCUGCUGGAGGUUGCAGUGGGGGAGCACGAUCGCGAUUUAGUGAAACUUAUAAAUGCAGCAAAUAAAAAGUAUCACGAAGAUGCAGAUAACCAACAAAUAAAUGUGCAACGCUUGCUAUCUCAUAUUAAAAGUAAUGAUGCGUGCAGCAAAAUCGCUGGCAAUUUAAAACGUUUCCCCAACGUCAUGUCGAAAUUUACGGCCUUUGACUACGUAAAACCUGCCGCGGACGACGUGGCUUUGGAAGAAAUAAAAUCGCUCAAAGCCAGCGUCGGCACAAGAGAGAAGUUGGAUGAUAAAGAUGGUGAUGUUUGCUCAGCGGGGCGUAGGAAAAUUAAUGGCCGGCGUUACACGGCCUAUAAAGUUUUACACACCGAGCAGGCUUCAUUUAUCAUGCAAUAUUUUCUGCUUCUGAAUCGGAUCUUCAUAUGUGCUCGACGGAAUUAUUUCUUGUUGUUGGCUCGGCUGAUGUCACACAUUGUAAUUGGCUUGGUAUUUGGUUACUUGUAUAUGAAUGUCGGCGAUAAAGCGACCACUGUGCUCGGCAACUAUGUCUAUUUGUACGGUACAAUUUUAUUGUUGGUCUACACUGGCAAAAUGGCUGUGGUGCUAACAUUUCCUUUGGAAAUUGGAAUGUUGACCCGAGAACAUUUCAACCGGUGGUACGGCCUGACUCCAUACUUCUUAUCGAUGUUGUCUUUUGAAAUACCAUUUCAGAGUAUUUGCGCAGUAAUUUACAUGGCCAUAAGCGUUUACCUAACUGGCAACAACACAGAUGAGUGCUUUCGCAUAUAUUACUUCGUGGUAUUGGCCGUUUUGGCUACACUAAGUGCUCAAGCCUGGGGUUUCUUUGUCGGUGCUACGCUACCUACCAAAUUGGCAGUGUUCUUGGGCCCAAUUCUGGCAGUAUUGUUUUCAGUGUUUGGAUUCUGCACGCGAUACAUCGAUAUCACGCCUAUCUUUCGCUGGAUGUGGCAUAUCAGCUAUUUUCGAGCAGGUUUCCACGGCGCACUUAAUGCUAUUUAUGGUUUGGAACGCCCGUUCCUAACAUGUCCGGAUACUGCAAUGUAUUGCCAUUUCCGAAGUCCCAAAGUAUUUCUUAACUACAUGAUGAUCUCGGAUGUAAAUAUGGCUGACUGCGUCACGCUGAUGGUUGUCGUGAUUGUUGUUAUGCAUAUACUUACUCUAAUAACGCUCUGGCACAAAUUGAACAAACGUUUAAGAGCUGGUUCAAUAAAAAACUUAAAAAGUUCAAGAACAGAAAUACGGAUAAUUAAAAUGUCUACACCCAAUAUAAACAUUGGAUUGCUCUCCGCCAUCGAACUUUCAUAUAGUACAAACAGUGAUCAAGCCGCUAAAAAAACUAAAACCGAAGACAAUAAUUGCGAUUUCAACAGCAGUAGAAACAUCAAUAGUAUAAGUACGAAUGAACAUUAUAUGGCGAGUGAUAAGCACGGACACAUAAAGCUCGAAAAGGAGAUUUCAGAGUCGACAGAGUCGAUAAAAACUAAAACGCCAGAAGCAGUUCAUAAAUACGAUAGUAAUAACACGAAUCAUUCGGACAACAUAUCAAUAAAUAGGCGGCUUGCGAAGGUCGAGUCUUUUGAAAACGAGUUUGCGGAAACCGGCAACGCAACUCUUUCGAACGCUGGAUACGCUACGGCAAGUAGAACGCAUCAGUCUUCUCCAUAUGAAAGUGGACCAAUGGCGAAAGUAACUAGAUCGCUACAACAUGAAUACCCGAAGCAAGUUAAAUCGAUAAACAUAAGUUUUGAAAAUAUUUUCUACGGUGUUAAGACGGGUUUACUCAAAAGAGAAGAUAAGCAGGUACUCAAUGGCUUCACGGGAGAAUUUCGUUCCGGUGAACUCAGUGCAGUCGUAGGUCCGUCUGGAGCCGGCAAGAGCACACUGCUCAAUAUUCUCUCAUCAUACACGCUUUAUGGGUUUUCGGGAGAUAUAAGGAUCAACGGUAAUCCGCGUGACGUGAAAACAUUCAAACCAAAUGUAGCUUUUAUCACUCAGGAUACCACACUACAACCAUUUCUCACAGUUAAGGAGGCAAUGAAUUUUGCUGCUAACCUCAAAAUUGGUGACCAAAUGAACGCGAUACAAAAACGUGAGCGGGUGUUGAAAAUUCUGAAUGCCAUGGGUUUGCUUGAGUCGCUCAAUACGAGGACUGGUGACUUAUCGGGUGGCCAAAAGAAACGAUUGGCGAUUUCACUAGAAAUAGUGAAUAACCCACCAGUUUUAAUUUUAGAUGAGCCAACCAGUGGGCUGGACAGUUCUACAUCUAAUCAGUGUAUUUCUCUAUUAAAAACUCUGGCGAUGGAAGGUCGUACGAUCAUAUGCACAAUUCACCAGCCCAGCGCCAUUGUAUUUCGAAUGAUCGAUCAUUUGUUCGCGAUCGCAGAGGGCUCCUGCAUAUAUGCAGGCAGAACAGAUAAUUUGGUUCCCUUUCUAGCUGAAAAUGGUUUACACUGUCCACAAUCGUACAAUCCUUGCGACUUUCUUAUGGAAAUAGGGACAAAUGAUUAUGGUCCAAAUAAUAAACUGCUUAUUGAAAAAAUGCAAAACGGUCGUAAUACUGGGUAUCGACUAGUCAAUCGUUCAUUUUCCUUUUCAACAACAAAUUCAACGUCAACAACAAAUACUAAUGUGCCAUUGACUCCAGUUGAAGAAUUGCCAUCACGUGAUUCUAACACGUACACACAUACCAAAGAGAAACAGCAGCAAUGCUGUAGUGAUAGCAGAUUUUCCAAACCGAGGAAAUCGAGAAUAUCAAUUGAUACCGGACAUCUUUGUAAAAGUGACAAUAUUUAUGCUACACCAUUUUACCGUCAAUUAGCAAUUUUGCUAACCCGUACUUUUCUACUUCUUUGGCGUGAUAAAUCACUUACAACACUGCGAUUCAGUAUUCAUUUCGGCGUGGCGCUGCUCAUCGGCUUCCUUUACUAUGAUAUUGGAAAUGAUGCCGCGAAUGCAAUGAAUAUUUUCCGUUAUACCUUUUAUACAAUAAUGUUCAUCAUGUUCUGUGCCUUCUCGUCGAUCCUAACGAAAUUUCCCCUAGAAUUCCCCAUAGUUUCACGAGAGCAUUUCAAUCGUUGGUAUUCACUUCGCGCUUAUUAUAUUGCGAUUACGCUUGCCGAUAUACCAAUACAACUUAUAUGUACGAGUCUCUUCAUAUUUCCCACGUACUAUCUGACUGGACAGCCUAUGGACGUAAUUCGAUUCGCUUUGUUCUUCACGAUCGUUUUCCUUACAGCUCUUGUCGGACAAAGCAUUGGACUCAGUGUAGGCUCAGCUCUAAGUGUUCAUUAUGGCGCCAUCUUAGGACCAUUUUUUAUUUGUCCUUUCCUGGCGUUUUCCGGAUUCUUCCUUCAAAGAAAAGACUCACCAUUCUAUUUAAAAUGGUUGUUCGACAUUUCAUUCCUAAAGUACGCUUUGGAUGGCUCGAUGUUGUCGCUUUUCGGUUACGGUCGGGGAAAAUUGGAGUGCAAAGAAUUUUACUGCCAUCACUCUCAUCCUGCAUUCUUCCUUAAGAACAUGGAUUUAGCCAAUGCAAAUUAUAAACUGGCUGCCAUAUUUUUGUUAUCACUAUUUAUCGUGCUAAGAAUUCUCGCAUUUUAUAUCAUGUCUUUCAGGUUGAGAUUAUUCAGAUGAAAUAUGCUGUAUAUAUUUUAGGCAACAAUUUUGUAUUAUACGGUUAAUUUACAUCCUUGUAUUUUAAUGAAAUGGAGAAUAGCUCAAAAUAGGCCCUUAGUACACAACAAUCAUUAUAACAGAGCAAUAUAUACAUGAUGUACAUAUAUAGAAAACAAAGUAGUUGUAAGAAUAAUUAAUCAGAAACCGAUUUACAGUUUCAUGGUUGACCUCGAAGAGAAUGAAAUGUAUGUUUAAAUAUACAUCUUUAAAUUUUAAGAUCUUUCCUUCAAAGUUUAGCACGAGCAUUAGAAGUAACCCAUUUGAACUAAAUUUUGAAAUGCUCUCAACGUGACUUCAUCGAUAAUCACUUUGAAAGUAAGAGAGAGGUUUUACUUCGAUUAGUAAAUCAAAUACCAGUCAAAUAACAGCCUCUGUACCUUUACAAUGAAGUGGAAUUACUCACAUGUUUUUUUUGUUUCUUAGGAGAACCUCACAACCGUCGAUGUUGUGUUUUUGUAAUAGUUUCAUUUUUAUAAUUGAAGAUUGUUUAACGUUUAGAACAUUCCUCACUUUUCAAAUUGAAUUUGGUAAUCUUAUCCACUCAAGUAUUUAAAACCGCAAUGUAAUAAAGGUAUUUUUAUUUAAAAGUGGCUUUAAAUAAUUUAAGCGAUGUUUUUAUAUUUAAUAAAAUUUAUUUACAAUUAAAUUUAUGGUUGUAAAAUAUAUACUCGUACACACAUCUGUAUGUUUAUGUUUACCUAUAUAUAUUUAUUUAUAUUUUAAUAUAGCAAGUCUACGUAAUUUCUUAUUCCUUCUUCAGUAAA